AUGUUGCCAUUUCCUCUGCCGUAUAGUGUUAUACCUCCGCCUCUCUCCUUUGUACUUUCGCAUUCACGACGAAUUGGGUUAUCGCACACCCUUCAAUAUGACCACCUGUUUCUUCUCCUACCCCUCAACUCUCUCUCCGAGUCCAUCUCCACACCAUUAAGCGCAACCCACCACCGCUACCACAACCACCACCAAAACCAAGUCAGCGACACCCACUCUAGCGCCGCCAUGCCACUCCACCAUCGUCCUAUACGUCACUCCAGUGUGAUUGGUGGAGAAAUCAGCAGAAUCAUCCCAACCAGGUUCAAAGUACCUUCUAAUUCACCAGGAACACACACUAACAUUGAGCAUCAGCUCUCUAUCUCUUUCUGGUCACUCAAACACCUUACCACCAUCGACAAAUGUCCUCUCUCUGAAAUUUGAAUUCUCUAAUAGCAUGAUGGACUUGGUCAUGGUAGAUUUUACAUUGAUUUGAUGGUUCAUCUCUUUGCAAGGUCAAUGAAUAACGGGUGGAAAUGGUAAAGUUAUAAACCAUGGCCUCAGAUAACCACAAGACGACAACCGAUGAUUUCAAGAAAAGAUGGCGAGAGAGGAAAGAAAUAAAUAAAAAUAAAAGAAAAAUAGAAUGAAUGCAAUAUAACAGCUUCUUCUUAUGAUGCUGGGCAAGUCAAUCUUAUUGUGCUGGGAAUUCAUGAUUCUGUUGACAUUAAUGUCAUUGUAUAUAUUUAUUCUUUCAGAGCUUCAGUCAUACUAAAAUAUUUCUUUAUUUUUAAGGUUUGUUAUGAUUUUAUAAUCAUUUAGGAAUAGAUUACUAUGAAAUGCAUAGGCUUUUUAAAUCCUAAAGGG